UACUGUACCAUAUAGAUGAGGUGACACGAGUAGAAGGCCUCCUGCAGUAUAGCUUCAAGGAACUAGGCCUAUAAUCCCAAGCCCAUUUCAAGAACAGCAGGCUUCAGAAGAGCAUAACUUCCACUUUAGCACCACCCUAUCUGACGAUCCCAGCAUGAGCUCAUCGGACAUGAAUUCCCGGACUGAGGCUUCCCGUGGGGAAGCUUCUGCUGUCAACUCCCUUUCACGGACUUCUGUUAGUGGAAGCCCUGGGCGAUUGCUACUCCGAAACGUGUCUCAGAGCUCCUUGGAUGAGAGUUCCCAGAAGCAGCCAGGAGCCAGACCAUUCACUAGGGAAAAGUCCCCAUAUUUCAAUGCACAACAUGCCCCCAAGGCAUUUGAAACCAUGAAUCUCAUGAGAAAAGAGAAGUUACUCUGUGAUGUGAUCCUGGAAGCAGAUGAUGUAAAGAUCCCUGCACACAAGAUGGUUUUGGCAGCUUGCAGUCCAUAUUUUUAUGCCAUGUUCAAUGGCUUUGAGGAGCGAAGUCAAGAUCGGGUUACCAUCAGAGAGGUUGAAGGGAGUGCAUUGGAACUUCUGGUUGACUACAUCUACUCCUCAAAGAUCCACGUCACAGAAGACAAUACCCUCCUGCCAGCUGCAAAUCUCCUUCAGCUUCCCGAUGUUCGCAACGCAUGCUCUGAUUUCCUGGCUUCCCAGCUCCAUCCUUCAAACUGCCUUGGAAUCAGGGCCUUUGCUGAUCUACAUGCAUGCAGUGAACUCUUUCACCUUGCUGAGGCCUUUGCAGAGACUCAUUUUUCGGAAGUCUGUGAUGAGGAGGAGUUCCUAAGCCUGGAUGUGGAGCAAGUGUGUCAACUCAUUUCGAGCGAUCGACUUCGCAUCCCCUCUGAAGAAAAGGUGUUUGAGUGUGUGAUGCAGUGGUUGAAGCAUGACCUUCCGAACCGGGAGACCAAUACGGUGAGGCUCAUCGAGCACGUCCGCCUCCCUCUCAUGUCCAAGGAAUUUGUUGUGCAUCGGGUGGAGUCAGAGCCGCUCAUGAGGACACAUUCAUCAUGCAAGGACUUUCUCAUUGAAGCCCUCAAGUAUCAUCACCUAGAGGGAGAGGAAAGACACAGCUACAAGUUUGUCCUAGUCUACAUUCCAUAUGAAUACAUUCUGCCAUUCUUAGUUUAUUAUUAUUAG